CCCACCCUACUCCACAUUAGUUCCACCACCGCCCUUCCGCCUUCCCCCUCUCUCACCCUUCUACAUCCCUUUCCUACACACACACAUUUCACUCACACUUCACACUCCGGAAAGUAUGGCCACUGCACUCCAGACGGGUGGAUUCGUCCUGGGCCUGCUCGGCGGGGCUGCCAUCAUCGCCGCCACGGGGAUGAACAACUGGAGCGUCAAGGAUCGCCAGGGGGACGUGGUGACCUCGGUGUACACCUAUAAGGGCCUGUGGCAGAACUGUGAGGUGGGCACCUCAGGCUUCACUGAGUGCCGGCCCCUCUACGGCCUCCUGGGCUUCUCAGGUACCUUUCAGGCAGUGAGAGCACUGAUGAUUGUGGGCAUUGUUCUGGGUGUAAUAGGGGCCAUGAUAGCCCUGUUCUCCCUCAAGUGCCUUAAAAUGGGCAGCAUGGAAGAUUCCUCCAAAGCCAAGAUGACCCUUACAGCGGGGGUCAUGUUCAUCAUUGCAGGCAUUUGUGCUAUUGCUGGAGCUUCAAUCUAUGCUAACCAAAUUGUGGCCAGUUUCAUGAUGACCACCUACAACCCCAAUUAUGGAGGAGGGAUGGGACAGGGCAUAGAGAAUGGAGGAAAUAUGAUGCCGAGGUACACGUUUGGCCCCGCCCUCUUUGUUGCCUGGAUAGGUGCAGCUUUGCUCUUAUUGGGCGGGAUUCUGAAGUGUGUUGCCUUCAGGGGACUACAGCCAGACAAGUCAACCUACACAGGAGUUGCUUACAAAGCCUCCCAAGCCCAGAACAGGCCCAUCUAUGAUGACCACCAUGCAGAGGAUGGGAAGAGAGACAACCAAAAAUAUGUAUAAUUUCUGUUAUAUUCUGCAUCAAUAAAUUUGAUUCUACAUUAAGAAGCAUGUAUUUAAAUGUUGCUUCGGAAUAUAGUGCUUCAUUUUCAUAUACGCUUCCUAGAGUUUCAAUACAUUUUACUGCAUGUUAUUUAAAAAUGUGUAUUCUGUUGCGGUUGAUACUGGGCUCCAUUUUAUACUGCCAGUAACUGUUUUAGUUUCAUGUGGUCUUGGGUAAUGUGUUAUUGCUAUUUUGUCAAUAAACCAUUAAUGUAAAGCUUUCAUUUCUACAAUGAAAUGCACCAAAUACAUUUUCAAAAUGCUCUCCAUUUCUCAAAUGUCCUACCAUAACAUUCAGUCUGAGUACACAAUACACAGAGCCUAUAUUUGAAAACUCUGUGGUACAUACCUGGAAACUGACAUUUUAUUCCACUAGAUGGCAAGAACACUACAACUUUUGGCAAAUCAAAGCUCCUCUCCAUGUUGGACCUACACUGAGUGUACAAAACAUUUAACACCUGCUCCUGCCAUGACAGACUGACCAGGUGAAUCCCUUAUUGAUGUCACUUGAUAAAUCCACUUCAAUCAGUGUAGAUGAAGGGGAGACGGGUUAAAGAAGGAUUGUCAAUUCUUUGAGCAUGUCAAUAACUGCAACGCUGCUGGGUUUUUCACACUCAAGUGUUCCCCGUGUGUAUCAACAAUGGUCCACCACCCAAAUGGCAUCCGCCAACUUGACACAACUGAGGGAAGUAUUGGAGUCAACAUGGGCCAGCAUCACUGUGGAACGCUUUCGACACCUUGUAGAGUCCAUGCCCGACAAAAUUGAGGCUCUUCUGAGGGAAGAAAAGGGUGCAACUUAAUAUUAGGAAGGUGUUUCUAAUGUUUUGUACACUUAGUGUAGACCGGUCUCUUUUUGCUUUUAGUGAAAGUGGUACUCAGAAGUAUGCACCACAGCACAGUUGAUUGAAUUAAGGGUACGCACAAAGAAGACAGAUGCCAUUAGAAAUAAAUACCGUGAAAGACAUUUUAUUAAUUGCAGCGUUUUUCCUCCUCCCCAUACUCAUUCACACACUGGGGAAUCCAGUCCCUCUCCACAGCAAGACGCCCAGAGAGACACACAGGGCCAUCAGGUCUCACAUCCCAAACUGUGGUUUACUGUGAGGCCUUCAUUAAUGUGUGCCUCCCCAGAACAUUCUCAUGAGGUGAGACACUUAGGUCCCCCACCCUAAGAUCCUCCUGCUGACACCAUUAGCAAUAUUUAAAGAACUACACAGGGACAACUGACAGA